CACAAGCGCCAUUUAAAAGUUGAACAAAAAGCCAAAAAAGGAAAAAAGGGACAAAAAAAUUUAAUGAAAGUAAAUAAUUUUUACUUGUGUUUUCUUCUUCUUGUUGCUUUAGCAAAGUGACAAAGAAUCAAUCUUUCAUGGCUAAACAGCCUAAGCUCGUGUACCAGUCUUGGAAGGCCAACAAUAAAUUCUUGCUUGGUGGGAGGCUAAUAUUUGGACCAGAUGCUAAGUCAUUGAUUAUCACCUUCACGCUCAUCCUUGUCCCUGUUGUUCUAUUUUGUGUAUUUGUGGCAAGAAAUCUCGUGCUUGAACUCCAACGAGAAAGUGCAGGAUAUGCAAUUUUGGUGAUAACUAUUGUCUUCACAAUUUAUGUCUUUAUACUUCUACUUUCAACAUCAGCAAAUGAUCCUGGCAUUGUUCCUCGUAAUUCUCAUCCUCCAGAGGAAGUUCUAGGGUAUGAUUCUUCAGCUUCCGUUGAAACUGGCAGUAGACCGCCUCGCUUCAAAGAAGUCCUUGUGAAUGGUUUGCCUGUACGAGUUAAAUAUUGUGAAACGUGCAUGUUGUACCGUCCACCAAGAUGCUCUCAUUGCUCGGUAUGUGAUAAUUGUGUGGAGCGAUUUGAUCAUCAUUGCCCUUGGGUGGGUCAAUGCAUUGGGAAGCGGAACUAUCGGUGCUUCUUUCUAUUUGUUUCUUCAACAGCCCUCCUUUGUGUUUUCGUCUUUUCCAUAUCGGCUUUGUAUCUGAAACUUCUUAUGGAUGAUUCUGGAACUCUUUGGAAAGCUAUCAAAGAAUCACCGGCAUCUGCAGCAUUGAUGGCCUAUUGUUUUAUUGCACUGUGGUUUGUUGGAGGUCUUACUGGCUUCCAUUUGUAUCUCAUUGGUACAAAUCAGACCACAUAUGAGAACUUUCGUUAUAAGGGAGACAACAGGGUGUAUAACCGGGGAUGCAUAAAAAAUUUUCUUCAACUAUUCUGCUCAAGGAUUGAACCUUCAAAAAUCAAUUUUCGCAGCUAUGUACAGGAAGGGGCGUCAAAGCCUCCUAAGAGUAACAUUCAAGAAACAGAUAUAAAUAUCUCUGAUGGGGAUACACGAAUUAAGGUGGAAGACGAUCUUGAUAUUGGAGAUGAUAUUAUGAAGAUAUCCCAACGCCGUAACUCUGAGGAAAUUGGUGAUGUUAGAGGUAGAGGAAGUGACAGGUCGCCAAUUGGUCGUUCUGAGGUUGAUUUUGGGUUUGGUCUGGAGUCCCAGUUUUCCUCCAGACCCUCAUACUAAGCAGAACAAGUGGAAAGAAACCAAAUUCAAUAUCACCAAUUUUUUCCCAACAAUACAUUCCUAUUUCGUCCUGCUGACAUUAUUUAGAUCACU